UGCAUUCAGCCUCCACAUAGCCCGAAAAACCACACUGAGUCUGAGAGAGGGAAACGUAUAAGCUGACCAACCUCAACCUGCACCCAAGGGACCCCUAUCGGCACCCGCAAUCUCACCCCAACACAGCAGACAGUGGGACCAUGAAGACUUUGGUGGCUCUGCUGCUGCUCUGUCUGUGUGAUCCUGGACAGAGUGACUGUCAGGCAGACUGCCUGUCCUGCAGCAACAUCCUGCCCAAACAGCUCAGUUUCAACACUAUGGUGUGUCUCACUGAGUGUGAAGCCAACAUCUCCCCAGCCUUCUCCUGGGACUUCUGUUGUAAGGUGCUGUCCUCGCCAAUUUCCUCCCUUACCGGUACUCUGCGGAAAAGAUCUCAGGAGGAGGUGGAGGCCCUGUUUCCUGAAGAGGAAGCGCAGGUAGAGGGAGGUCUGUUGCUGCCCUUUGCAUUGCAAAGGUACGAUCACUUGACCCGGGCACUUAGGGUGGAUCAAAGGGAUCUAGGUGGCAAAGGCAACCAGCUGAACACUGCCUACAAUUCCCAGAAUGCCCUGUCUCUUGAGGAUGAAUAUGAGGAGGAGGCAGGGCAGGACGAAGGGGCUGCUGACGCAGCAGCAAGAGGACAGAGCGACGCAGGGCUGAGUGUCUCCAAAAGGUUCGGCGGCUUCGUCAAAGGGAGGCACGGCUACAGGAAGCUGAUGUCUCCAGGAAGAUCGUACCAGAAGAGGUAUGGUGGCUUUAUCGGAAUUCGGAAGUCAGCCCGCAAGUGGAACAGCCAAAAACGUUUCAGCGAGUUCCUGAAGCAGUACCUGGGGAUGAGUGCUAAGGCCACUGAGUUCAACAGCGUGUCAGAAGACCUCACCCAACAGAAUGAAGUCUAACAGAGUGCACCUUUAUGCCACUGACAUAAAACUAUUUCCUGAUGUAUUUUCACUGAUCUUGUUUUGUAUUUCACCAACAUGUCAAACUUUCUCUGGUGUCACCAAAGUUGACCUAUUGAAUUGAAGUAAUUUACCACAAAGUGAAAACUAAGCCCAUGAUCUAAGUCUGCCACUGAAGUCCUCUUUGUCUCACGAUAUUAGAAUUUGCUGUUUCUGUUUUCCUUUUAAUUAUGAUGCAAACAAUUUGCCUUUAAAUAUCAGACCUUUUUUUUUAUAAAUUUUUUAAGCAGCUUAACCCUCCAGUAGAAGUUUUUCCACUCAGUCGCCAGAAAAAAUAUGGCCAUUGUACAUUUUUGCAAACCACAGAUAUGUUACAUUUGUACAUUAUUAUGUAGUGGAUAUGUUG